GAGCUUGGUGGGUGAACCACAUCUGAACAGGAAGUUGACGAUAACAUCAAUACAACAAAUUCGAUCUACGAGAUUCUUUUAUCGACAGCGUCAUAACACAUGAGAAGCUUUUCUCUCCUGUUUACAAGGUAGUACUUUCUUUUUCUUCCCAAGAGGAACGACGAAUUCUUUUUCUUUCAACAGUGUUCACUUCUUGCUACAACCACUUACCAGUUACAAGAUAAUAGGCCCAACACUUAAAACUCGAACGAAUUACUCUUAACAUCUGCGAGAUCUUUCACGAAGGCCAGAAGGUCGAGUAGAUAUUCCAAUUACGCGCCUUCCAGAAUCCACUGUGUCGAAACCUUUUGAAAACCACUGUAUCUACUUGAAUUCUACAUCGAUUGCUUCGCGCACAGUAGCGCACCACACCACAGGUGACUUGCGAUCGUGGUUUAUGCUAGAAAGUAUUUCUAAGAGACCUAUGUGCCAACGAAGAAGAAACCGAUCCCCAGCUUCGAAACCACCAGUUCAACCGAUCCUCGGUUUAUUCCGUCUCCCUACACGGCCUGCGCUCACAAAGCUGAGUCGACGCCUCCGCUAGAUUUAUAUCUGCGGUGGUUUUAAUGGCAGAUGGUUACAGAUUUACACAGCAGAGCGCUGGGAACUAUUAUUACCCUCAAAAUACACACCAUCCGAGACAUUUGAUCCGUACUGGGACACCUCCAAAUAACAUUCGAUCUGCCUUUAACACCAAUACCCCGUCCCCCACUCGAACCCCUGAUCCUCAAUCUCCAGCUCACGGUCUUUACAAUAUGUUCAACCAUCAGCAAGGGCAACAUGGCCGCGUCAAUGGCGCAGGACGGGGUGCCAUAGCAAGCAUGCUGCAAUAUCCUCACUUUCCCUCGCAUCAGUCUCAGCAUACUCAACACCACGCCAAUAUCCAACAAGACCACAAUGCACACAAUUCUAACGGGGUCAACCACCAUGCGAAUUUUCCCACCCUUGGUAUGCAAAAUUCGACGUCCACUUUCACUUCAAACCUACAAAAUGGGCAUACGCCAGGUACACAUGGUGGUCAGGCGACGCCAAUCAAUGAGCAUUGGCAGAAGCAAAUGGAAUUGUACACAGAAGUAAAGAAAGCAAAGCAACAUGGGCCGCAUUACUUUGCUAGAACCAAAGCCACUCAGAAUACUGUUGAUAAGCCAACAACGACAUCAGCUGAGGAAGAGUCAGAGAAUGCCAGUCGAAACAGACCUUCGAAUACGGACAGUUCUAUUAAACGACAAGAUUGGCAUAAUUUGGACAUGAGUGGGCUUGGGCUUCGAGCAUUAUCGGUCGAGGUAUUCCAGUAUACUUUUCUCCAAGAGUUAUACGUAGCAUCCAACGCCCUCACCUCUUUGCCCGCAGCUAUCGGUCAAUUGCGACACUUGCGCCAUUUAGAUGCAUCGAGCAAUGCCUUGCAGACUCUACCACCUGAGCUAGGCAUGUGUGUUUAUUUGAAGAAUUUACUCCUGUUCGAUAACCAACUCACUACGCUGCCUUGUUCAUUUGGUUCACUCUACCAAUUGGAGAUGUUAGGCAUUGAGGGCAAUAAACAAAUGGACCCCGCUAUCAAGAGUGAGAUCAUGGAGAAGGGAACUAAGGCUCUCAUCCAUACACUCAAAGAAGAAGCACCAAGUAAGUUUAUAAAUCUACACUCUGUAUCUCGUGACUAACCCAUCCAAGUACCCCCUCCUCCUGCUCCUAGAGAAAUGAUUGAUCUACUCAAUGGUACAACUGUUGCCCCAGAUGUCGAAAGGUUCACCGUGUUCUCUUAUAACAUCUUGUGUGAUAACUACGUGGGUCCCAGCCAAUACGGUUAUGUCCCGUCCAAAGCAUUGGACUGGGAGCAUCGGCGUCAUGAGAUUCUACGCGAAAUCGAAGAACGGGAUUCUGAUUUUGUGUGCCUUCAGGAGGUGGAUGCUGAAAAUUUCCGAGAAUUUUUCAGUGUGAAACUUGCAUACAAGGACUACAAAGGUGUAUGGUGGCCGAAGUCAAGAGCCAAGACUAUGUCCGAGUCGGCUGCAAAGGCUGUCGAUGGCUGCGCUACAUUUUAUAAGAACAACAAAUACAUUCUCCUUGACAAGCAACUUAUCGAUUUUGCCAAUAUCGCAAUCAAUAGACCGGAUAUGAAAAACCAACAUGACAUUUUCAAUCGUGUCAUGCCUAGGGAUCAUAUUGCUGUGCUGGGUUUCUUCGAGAACCGCCUAACUGGAUCCCGCGUUAUUGUUGCCAAUGCACACAUAUUCUGGGAUCCAGCAUAUGCUGAUGUUAAAUUAAUUCAAAUCGCAAUAUUGAUGGAAAGCAUAAGCAAAUUCGCCGAGAAAUAUCAACGGUUCCCGCCAUGUAAAGACAAAAAAGCAUAUACCAUUACGGACGAUUCAAAUUCGGAUGCCCCUGUGGAAAUUGCCCCGGAGCCCGCACCAUCCAUGGAAUACACAAACAAGACCCAAAUACCACUAAUAGUUUGUGGUGAUUUGAAUUCUACGGUAGACUCCAGUGUAUACGAGUUAUUGGCCACGGGUCGAGUUGCCCCUGAUCAUCCAGAUCUCGGUAAUUAUCAAUAUGGAAAUUUCACGAGAGAUGGAAUUGAGCAUCCUUUCUCUCUUCGGUCCGCCUAUACAAACCUCGCCGAUGGUCCACAAGAAUUAACAUGGACCAAUUACACACCCGGCUUUACCGACCACAUUGAUCACAUCUGGUACUCCACCAAUGCUCUCGAGAACACGGAUUUGUUAGGUCCUGUAGACGAAGAGUACAUGAGAACAGUGCCCGGUUUACCACACUACCAUUUCCCCAGUGAUCACUUAGCACUUCUAGCCCGCUUUAAUGUCAAGACUCCAAAAGCCAAGAAACCUCACCAAGAUCCACCAGAUUUCGGUUCGUCGAGCCACCAUGAUCGACGAAGAGAUUAGAAAUAUACAUGGAGCAAAAGCAAAGGCUUCAACUUCUUAACCUCGGGGAUUGGAUGGAUGGAUUUCAAUGAACGGAAAGGGGAGGAGUUUAUUUUUCUUUCUUGUGUUUAUUCCAUGGGCUUGGAAAUUGGUGGUUUGGCAGGCUACUGGCGGGCGUGGAGCGUUGUAUGCAUUUUCGAACCGUCUUUUUUCACUCUCCUUUGCGGUCGUAUUUUCGGGUUUUGUUUUCGUGUAAUGAUUAGGUUUCAAAGUGGUGUGGGGUGAAUGAAGUGAAUAGGUAUGGGAUGGGAUGUGAGCGAGCUGCGUGGAUAGGGGGGUGAAUAGCGUUAGUCGGAGGUGAAUAGAGGUGAGAUGGGAUAUAUGCACACAAAACAAGAUAUAUGUUAGUGUAUAGAACAACAUGAUAAAAC